CUCGAGUUCGGGGCGUCAGGGGUACAGGGGCCUGAGUGCCCGGGUGCGAGCAUUAGAGUCCAAGUCUCAGCGGUAAACUUGGCGACUGAGAUCCUGGCUGUUGUGCCAUGAGGCUGGGACACUAAGGGGGCACUGAGGUUUGAGAAAGCCGAAGUUCGUGCCAGGCUGGGGAGGAGAGCGGCGACAUCCUCAGUGCUUAGGCAGCUUAAAGGAGAAAUGCUCCGCUAGCACCGGGCUCAGCACUUGGGCAACAAGAAGCAUUUGUUUCCUUCCUCUGUUGGGGCGCCUUGGCAUGGAGUGGAGGAACAAGAAAAGGAGUGAUUGGCUGUCGAUGGUGCUCAGGGCUGCGGGAGUGGAGGAAGGCUUUGGGACUGAAGUGUCUGUGAGACCUCAUAGAAGAGCAUCCGGGGGCUCCACUUACCUGCCCCCUGUUCUUACAGGGAUGGAGGCAAUGGCGGCCAGCACUUCCCUGCCUGACCCUGGAGACUUUGACCGGAAUGUGCCCCGGAUCUGUGGAGUAUGUGGAGACCGAGCCACGGGCUUUCACUUCAAUGCUAUGACCUGUGAAGGCUGCAAAGGCUUCUUCAGGCGAAGCAUGAAGCGGAAGGCACUGUUCACCUGCCCCUUCAACGGGGACUGCCGCAUCACCAAGGACAACCGGCGCCACUGCCAGGCCUGCCGGCUCAAACGCUGUGUGGACAUCGGCAUGAUGAAGGAGUUUAUCCUGACAGAUGAGGAGGUGCAGAGGAAGCGGGAGAUGAUCCUGAAGCGGAAGGAGGAGGAGGCCUUGAAGGACAGUCUGCGGCCCAAGCUGUCCGAGGAGCAGCAGCGCAUCAUUGCCGUCCUGCUGGAUGCCCACCAUAAGACCUAUGAUCCCACCUACUCUGACUUCUGCCAGUUCCGGCCUCCGAUUCGUAUGAAUGAUGGUGGAGGGAGCUAUCCUUCUAGGCCCAACUCGAGACAGACUCCUAGCUUCUCCGGGGACUCCUCCUCCUGCUGCUCAGAUCACUGUAUCACGUCUCCAGACAUGAUGGAAUCAUCCAGCUUCUCCAACCUGGAUCUGAGUGAAGAAGAUUCAGAUGAUGGUUCUGUGACCCUGGACCUAUCCCAGCUCUCCAUGCUGCCCCAUCUGGCUGACCUGGUCAGUUACAGCAUCCAAAAGGUCAUUGGCUUUGCUAAGAUGAUCCCAGGAUUCAGAGAUCUCACCUCUGAGGACCAGAUCGUGCUGCUGAAGUCAAGCGCCAUUGAGGUCAUCAUGCUGCGCUCCAAUGAGUCCUUCACCACAGACGACAUGUCCUGGACCUGCGGCAAACAAGACUACAAGUACCGUGUCAGCGACGUGACCAAAGCAGGAUACAACCUGGAGCUGAUUGAGCCCCUCCUCAAGUUCCAGGUAGGGCUGAAGAAGCUGAACUUGCAUGAGGAGGAGCAUGUCCUGCUCAUGGCCAUCUGCAUCGUUUCCCCAGAUCGUCCUGGGGUGCAGGACGCUGCGCUGAUUGAGGCCAUCCAGGACAGGCUGUCCAACACGCUACAGACCUAUAUCCGCUGCCGCCACCCGCCCCCAGGCAGCCACCUGCUCUACGCCAAGAUGAUCCAGAAGCUGGCCGACCUGCGCAGCCUCAACGAGGAGCACUCCAAGCAGUACCGCUGCCUUUCCUUCCAGCCCGAGUGCAGCAUGAAGCUCACGCCCCUUGUGCUGGAGGUGUUUGGCAGUGAGAUCUCCUGACUAGGGCAGCCCAUGGUGGUGCCUGGGUGGAGCCGCUCCUCCAGGGCCAUGUGCUGGGCCCGGGACUGGCAACUCCUCAGCAGUGCUCCUCACCCCCGUCUGGGGUUCAGCCCCACCUCGGGUACCGCCUCUGUCCACCCGGCCCAUUCUCUCUCCUGUCCAACCCAACCCCUUUCCUACAGGCCUUUCACUGGUCCCUUGAGACCUCAGCCAUGAGCAGUUGUUGUCUAUUUGACAAAGAAACUCAAGUGGCGGCAGAGGGCAGAGGCUGGAGGCAGGGCCUUGCCCAGAGACGCCCUCACCCCUGCAUAAGUGGCUACUGACUGGUGUCAAGGGAACAGGCAGGAGAAAUGCAUGCAUUCCUCAGGGACACAGACACCUGCACCUUCCUCCACUCCAGGCCCCCGCGUCCAGAGCCUAGUGGGAUCUCCCUCUUCUGCCUACUCAUGAUAAAUAAUCGACCCACAGCUCCCACCCACCGUAACCUUCAAUGCCCACUGUCGUCCCAUUGCCCUGGUUAUACUCUCACGGGCAGUAGCUGUGGUGAGGUGGGCUUUCUUCCCGUUACUGGAGCCCCAGGCACAAACCCACCAGCUGAGAGACCCAAGGAGGAAAAACAGACAAAAGCAGCCUCACAGAGGAAUAGUGAUGGUGGCCACAACUGUCCCUUUCACUAAGCCACGUUUCCUCGGCCUGGAUCUAAGGGGUUGGUUGAGGUGGAAGUCCUCCUUCCACGGAUCCAUGUAGCAGGACUGAAUUGUCCCCGGCUUGCAGAAAAGCACCUGCCAUCCUCGUCCUCCCCCUGCCAGUGCCUUACCUCCCACCAGGAGAGCCAGCCCUCCCCUCUUCCUUGGCUGUUCUCCUCACCCCCUCCCCACUCCCGGUCUGGAGAAGCAGUGAGCCGCACGCAUCUUCUCCAUCUGGCAGAGUGGGAAGUAGGAGAAGAGCUGUCAGACCCCAGUGGGUGAAUCAUGCUGUCCAUGCUGCCUGGAUGUGGUUCCAAGGCUGCUGUCAGCCCCCAGGACCAGGAGCUAGUGCUCCCACACCCCAGGCUAUGGGAAGGGAGAGUAGGGCAGCCUCUGGCGGCUAGUCAGAGAAAGCGUUUGGGGGUUCCGUGAUGUAGGGCAGGCUCCCUUCAUAUUCUCGCUUCACCACCCAAAAGUCAAAAGAAGGCUGUGAGGCGGGGGCGCAGUGAUUCCACUUCCAGUGCGUGCUCUCCUCUGCAGCCAGCCCAGCGAAGUGGGUGGGGCCCUUGGGAGAAUCAGCUUCGGGACCAGAGAAGGGCGUGCUUUCAGGUGGAUCACAGAGGCUUCUUCAGAUCAGUGCUUGAGUUUGGGGAACAUGGCUGCGUUUGCUGUGUCACCAGGAAUGUAAAAGUCAGUGGGAACAUGACUGCCCAACUCCUGGAAGCCGUGUCCUUCCACCUGCAUCCGUUGUUCCCUGAAAACCCAGGGAGGAAUCAGGCUUUACACUGCAAGAGCCUCGGUGUCCACCUGGCCCUGUGUCUCUCAGAAUUCUUCAGGUGGAAAAACAUCUGAAAGCCACGUUCCUUAUUGCAGAAGAGCAUGUAUAUCGCCUAAUCUUAAAUUUAUUAGAUAUGAGUUGCUUUCAGAAUCAGACUCCAUUUGUACUAUAUUCUAAUAUACAGGGGAGCAGGUAGCACUGAUUUGGAAAUAUUCCUGGGGGGAGAACUUACAUUGUGAAACUUCUGUACACUAAUUAAUAUUGUUGUUGUUAUUUUA